AUGGAUUGCAAGGAUCCAGUUUGGCGGACACGUUCUAUUCUCUGUAUGCCAAUCAAACAUUCGAACGGCCGUGUGCUUGGCGUGUGUCAAUUAGUAAACAAGUCCUCUUUUUUCUGUCAGUCCACCUCAUCCUUCUCUCAAGAGACAGCCGCCACGGCCUGGGAGCGCAAAGAAAGUUGGUCCGGUGCCUUUUCUCGCAACGAAGAGGCUCUAUUUGAAGCCUUUGCUUUGUUUGCUGGUCUUGGCAUUGCCAACACUCAAAUGUACGAGAAGGUGCUUAGAGCUGAAGCUAAACAGCGUAUCGCUUUUGACGUCCUCUCUUAUCAUGCCACUGCAACACCAAGUGAGGCGGCUGCUCUCAGCAAAGAACUCAUCCCCUCCGCCAAAUACUACCGUCUUAAUCAGUUCUCCUUCACCGACAUCUAUUUGUCAGUGGACGACACUCUGAAAGCGUGCAUUCGAAUGUUCUCCGACAUGCACUUCAUCAAUCGCUUCUGCAUCGACUACAACCUCCUCUGCCGAUGGCUGUUGUCAGUGAAGAAGAAUUACCGUUCCGUCACUUAUCACAACUGGCGGCAUGCCUUCAAUGUAGCACAAACAAUGUUUGUCAUGUUUAAGUCCGGCGGAAUGGAAGCGGUAUUCAGCGAUCUCGAAUGCCUCUCCAUCAUUAUCGCCUGCCUCUCGCACGAUCUCGACCAUCGUGGCACUAACAACCAAUUCCAAAUUCGCACAAUGUCACCUCUGGUCAACCUCUACUCCACCUCUGUUCUGGAGCAUCACCACUUUGAUCAGUGCAUCAUGCUCCUCAGCACCAAGGGGACAGAUAUUCUCUGCAAUCUGAGCCACGAUGACUACCGUCAAUCCGUAAAAAUAAUGGAAAAGGCAAUCCUAGCCACUGAUUUGUCUCGCUACUUUGCCAAGUUACCGCAAUUUCGACAAACUCUUGACGAACGUAUCUCUGCAGUUGGUGAGGCGAAACCGAUAGACGACAUCGCGGUGAAAACAAUGUGGCAGACUGAGGCGUCAAAUCGUGAACUCCUCAUGUGCAUGCUGAUGACGGCCAGUGACGUCUCCGCUAGCACCAAACCCUGGCCUGUGCAGAAAAAGUCAGCAGAACUGGUUGCCAAUGAGUUCUUCGAGCAGGGCGAUUUUGAACGCAAAAAACUCAACAUCAAACCCGAUGCGGUGAUGGAUCGAGAGCUGAGCCACCAGUUCCCACAAAUGCAAAUUGAAUUCAUCGACACAAUCUGCGCGCCUGUCUACGAGUUGAUUUCACGAGUCUGUGUUCGACUUCGGCCGCUACUGGAGGGUUGUUUGGCGAAUCGGGACUGCUGGGACAGCGUUGCGAAGGGAGAGGCGGUGAAAGAGGUGUCCAUGCGUUUACCCACUGAUGCAGAAGGCGCUGAUGGUGGCUAUCGUGAUAGAUUGAUGGCAUUGCUUAAUGCCCCACCUUCUACCACUUCUCUUUACCUAGAUGGCAGCUGUGCAGCCCUAGCUACACAAAGUUUGGAUGCUGUUAAUCCAACCGAUUUUCCUACUUCCUCUGUAAAAGCAACGAGAUGUGGUGAGGCCAAUGACACCACCUCCUCCACCACUGUUGGCGGUGGUGCUGCUGCUCCCUGA